AUGUAUCGGUGGUACAGACUUAGGAAUCAGUUACAUUGUGGAUUCAACUACAAAAAAGUGAUACCACCAUGUCGGAAUAUUACGUCCCUGGCGAUUGAGACCUCCUGUGAUGAUACUUCGGUGGCCGUUGUCCAGAAAUCUUCGAGUGAGUCUUUACCAAAAAUUGUUUGCCUCAAUACUCAUCGAACACUUUCAAAAAAUGAAAAAUACGGGGGAAUACACCCAUCAGUUGUCAUUCAAGAACACCAAAAGAACUUGGCGAAAGUUGUUUACGAAACGAUAAAUCAGUCUCGAUCACUAGGCGUCUCGAAAUAUGACCUUAUAGCUGUCACCCGUGGCCCUGGCAUGAUGGGACCUUUAGCUAUCGGGUUAAAUUUUGCCAAGGGUUUAGCUGUUGGCCUUGAUAAACCCCUUUUGGCUGUACAUCACAUGCAAGCACAUGCAUUGACAGUGCAAUUGGAGUCUCGAGUCUCAUUCCCCUUUUUAUCCAUUUUAGUUUCUGGGGGCCAUACUAUUCUAAUAUUAUCUAAGUCGGUAGUCGCUCAUGAAAUUUUGGCAUCAACAACCGACAUAGCUAUUGGUGAUUAUCUUGAUAAAUGCGCCAAGUAUUUAGAAAUUCCUUGGAAUAAUCAAAUGCCAGCUGCAGCACUUGAAAAGUUUGCUGUUCCCACUUUAAACGAUAAGAGUAUCGACUGUAACCCACCGAAUCCCAUGAGUAGUGGAGAUAAGGCACAUAAUCCUAAUUUUUCCUUUUCUGGAUUGGAAUCUUAUGCUCGAAGGAUCAUCACGUCAAAGACAUGGGCUACCUCAGAAAAGAAACUUCUGGCUUAUAAGCUUCAGGAAGCUGCCUUUAAGCACAUUUGCCAGAAGAUGACAAAGGCUAUUGAAUCCCUUGAUCUAUCAAAAGUGCGUUUCUUAGUUUGUAGUGGAGGUGUUGCCAGAAACUCCCUUUUGAAGAAAAUGCUGAAAGAGCAACUAAUUUCACUUCAUAAAAGAGAAUUGGCUCCUGAAAUGAAGCUUGUUUACCCUUCUUUGGAACUUUGUAGUGACAAUGCCGCUAUGAUUGCUUACACGGGAAUAAGAAUGUUUGAAGAAGGAUAUAAAUCCUCUCUUGAAGUGGAACCAAUUAGAAAAUGGCCUAUAAAUACAAUAAUGGACGUGGAAGGUUGGAUGCAUCAAUAA